CGGUGUCCAUCUCGAAUCGGGCACUGGAUUCGAACCGGAGCCUCAGACAAAGCGAACCGUACCACCUGCCCGCAAACAGGACACCGCAGACCCGCCGCGUCUGCUGACGUGAACACGGUGUUCCCGCAAUGUGUGAACCGCAGUAAAUCGCCGAGCUCCAUGAGGACUCUGAACUGACAGGUGGACCGGAAGUGGAGCUGUCGCAAAGUGGAGGCGGGACCAACGCUUUGUUGAUGCUUAAAAUACAACACGUCACGUCGUCUUUUAAAGAUUUUAUAAAGAAAAUUGAAAUAAUUUAAGAAGAAAUACAUCGUUUGUGUUCAUAAGUUACACAUUUACAGAAAGGCUGUGAAGUUUUUGCUGCUUGUCAACUUAAAACGUUCGUCAGAUGGUCGGAACCUUUUUUGACGAGUCAGACGUUUCUUGCCGGACUUGUUUGUGUGGGACGCCGCUGUCAGUCGGUCACAACUCGGAAGCUAACAAUAAUUUGUUGCUCCGCUCGGAAGAUGAGCACCAAACAGGUGACCUGCAGGUACUUCCUGCAUGGUGUGUGUAGGGAGGGUAGCCGCUGUAUGUUCUCCCAUGACCCGUCCAGCAGCAAACCCUCCACCAUCUGCAAGUUCUACCAGAGAGGAGUGUGUGCCUACGGGGAACGGUGCAGAUAUGACCACAUAAAACCGGCAUACAGAGGAGGAGGAGGCGGCGGCGGCGGCGGCGGUGGCGGCGGCGGCGGCGGUGCUUCAGACAACAAGGCAGGUGGAGGAGGCUCUGGAGGCGGAGCUUCAGUUCGAUCUGAACCCAGAAAGACGAUGGUGCUGAGAGACAGAACCGACUUGACUUCCUGUCUACAAACAGACUUGGUGGACAAGAGUCUGUCAGUGGGGCAGCUUGACGGCAUGUUUGGGGGUCAAGCAGGCAGCCUGGGUUCAGAGGUCACAGCCGCAGCUCCCCAGUCGUACGUGGAAGCCAUCAGGACGGGCCUGGAAGCUUCGGCGCCAGACCAAGCUCCUCCCCAGAUGGGCGGGGCCUUCCAAGACUUGUCCCAGCUGUGUCCGUAUGCCGCUGCUGGUCGCUGUUACUACGAGGACAACUGCCCUUAUCUCCAUGGCGACCAGUGUGAGGUGUGCAGGCUACAGGUGCUGCACCCGCACGACCCCGAGCAGAGGAGAGCUCACGAAAAGAUGUGCCUGCUGGCCUUUGAGAGCGACAUGGAGAAGGCGUUUGCCGCCCAGCUCAGCCAAGACAAGGUGUGUUCCAUCUGCAUGGAAGUGGUGGUCCAGAAGAUGAACCCGUCCGAGCGCAGGUUCGGGAUUCUGUCCUCCUGCUGUCACAUCUUCUGCCUGGCCUGCAUCCGACAGUGGCGCUGCACUCGCAACUUCAGCAACAAGAUCAUCAAGUCGUGUCCAGAGUGCCGCGUAAUUUCCGAGUUCGUCAUCCCGUCCGUGUACUGGGUGGAGGACCAGGACGACAAGGACCACCUGAUCGAGCUCUUCAAGUCUGGAGUGAGCAAGAAAGCCUGCAAGUACUUCGACCAGGGUCGCGGCAUGUGUCCCUUUGGGGGAAAGUGUUUGUAUCUCCACGCCUACCCAGACGGAACCCGAGCGGAACCCGAUAAGCCACGGAAACAGCUGAGCUCAGAGGGAAACAUCCGGUUCAUGAACAGCGUUCGCUUGUGGGAUUUCAUCGAAGAACGCGAGCAGCACUCUGGCCGACCUUUGCCCUCCUUGGAUGAUGACAUCACAGAGCUGAGGGAGCUCUUCAUGCAGCUGUCGGCGCCGAGCCACGAUGGACCGGAGGCUUCACCUGACUCUGAGCAGUAGCAACCGGGCGGUGGUGUAAGACAACGUGAGGUGUUUAGAAAGUGAGUUUUCUUUUGUGUAGAAGUCAGACAGCUUCUAAAUAAAUUCAUGUAUUUAUAGUAGGCUCCAGUGCUUGCUUUUACAAGCUUACACAUGACUGAGCUGUGUUUUAUUCUUGAUGUCAUCAAGCUAAUAAAAGCGCCUGAGUACAA